AUAUUUUCCCAUAAUGGUUGAUGCUAAGUUGAUGGGCUUUUCCUGCUGACGAAAUUGUGACAUGUGCGCCUGCCGCUGCGAGCUAGCUGGAGAAGGGAGGGAGACCGAUGUAAACAUGUUUACCUGAAAAAUGGGACUGCGACGAUGUUUAAAAAUGCCAAGAAAACCUGGAACCUGCAGAUUUAUUUAUUGUUUUCAACUCUAAACGAAAUAGAAAUGUGAUAGUGAAGCGGGAUUUAAAAAAAUAGAAAAAAAGUACUUCCGUUCAGCAGGAGAAACCGAUUCCUGAUUGUCGUGUCGAGUCGAGCUGACAGGCUGCAGCAAAUGGCAACUUGUGCAGUUACCAAUUAUAAUAAUGUUGUUGAAGCAAGUUCCGACACGGAUGAUGAAGAUAAAUUGCAUAUUGUGGAAGAUGAGAGUGUGACUGAUGCUGCAGAUUGUGAUGCAAAUGCACUGGAGGAUGAUUUGCCAACAAAGUGUUCAGUAUUGCCAAGAAAAGAUGAUACAGAUGAAGAAAACGAGAGUGCGGAGUGGAGAAAUGAAGAGGGAAGGAAAGAAAAUACAGGCAGCCUGGGGCCUGAAGCCCAGAUGCUGAGUGAUGGUUGCACAGCUAAUGAAGAAGGCUGUGAUUCUGAUGGAGAGAACUGCUUUCAUGAUUCAACAGCAGAAGAUGAACAGACCCAUGAUCCAAAAGUUCAAGAAUACCUUCAGCAAAAAGACACAGCUGUCAUUUUCCCAGAAGCCCCAGAGGAGCAACAUAGAAGAGCCACACCAGAAGCUAGUGGACAAGAAGAAAAUGGGACUCCUGAUGCUUUUGCUCAGCUGCUCACAUGCCCAUAUUGUGAUAGAGGGUACAAGCGUUUGACGUCGCUAAAAGAUCACAUUAAGUAUCGCCAUGAAAAAAAUGAUGACAACUUCAGCUGUUCCCUUUGUCGCUACACUUUUGCCUACAGAACACAACUGGAUCGUCACAUGGCUUCACACAAGUCAGGACGAGAUCAGCGCCAUGUUGUAACACAGACGGGUGGAAACAGGAAAUUCAAGUGCACUGAAUGUGGAAAAGCAUUUAAGUACAAGCAUCAUUUAAAGGAGCACUUACGCAUCCACAGUGGAGAGAAGCCAUAUGAAUGCUCUAACUGCAAGAAACGAUUUUCCCACUCAGGCUCUUACAGCUCACACAUCAGUAGUAAGAAGUGCAUUGGGCUUAUAUCACUUAAUGGUAGAGCACGUUCAGGAAUCAAGACACCUCAAGGCACUUCUCCGUCCCUUUCUCCUUCAACCAAUAGCCCUGCUAGAACACAACUUCGUCACAAGCUAGAAAACAAUAAACCUUUACAGGAACAGCCUGCCAUAAACCAAAUCAAAACUGAGCCUGUGGAUUAUGAAUACAAAACUAUGGUCGUGACCUCUGGUAUCAACUGUGCAAGCUCUUUCCAAAAUGGAGGAUUUACUGGCAAUACCCCAGUGCAAGUUACAACUUCUCCUCAAAGUGUGGUUCAGGCUGUUGUAUUGCCAACUGUAGGCCUGGUCUCUCCUAUUAGCAUAAAUUUAAGUGACAUUCAGAAUGUUCUUAAAGUUGCAGUAUUAGAAAACAAUCAUGUUACUCUCCCUUCCAAAGAACCAGGAACGGUCUCUUCUGGAUCUGUACAACAAAACAGUCAUUCCCUCAUUUCAUCAAUUAGUCUUCCCUUGAUUGAUCAGGAUGGAACAACCAAAAUCAUUAUCAACUAUAGCUUAGAGCCAAGUCAGCUCCAAGCCGUGCCACAAAAUUUAAAAAAGGAAGUUCCUAAUCGAACAGACAGUUGUACAAAUGAAAAGCCACCAGAAGACCUCACAGUUAAAUCUGAGAAAACGGAGACAAGUGCAGAAGGGGUUAGUAACACUUGCCUUCUUUGUAAUGAAUGCCCUGGUGGGCUAAAUGCACUUCAUGAGCUAAAGCACUAUCAAUUAAAAACUGAAGCUCUUUCAGGAGAAAGCAGUAUUAAGGUCCCUGAAAACCUCCCUGGAGCUUCUGUAUCAACAGAAGAGAAUAUCUCUUCAGAUCAAGAGCCAUUGAAGAAUCUAUUGUCACUUCUGAAAGCAUAUUAUGCGUUGAAUGCACAACCGACAUCUGAGGAAUUGGCAAAGAUUUCAGUUGCUGUAAACCUACCAUUAGAAAAGGUAAAAAAAUGGUUUGAGAAAAUGCAGACUAGUCAGAUUCCAGUCCAGCCAUCUUGUCCCUCUUCUCCCUCGCCAAACAAUGAGGAGAUCAAACCAAAGCUGUUCAUCAGUCAUCCAGAUUCAUCACCUGGUGAUGUACAAGGGAACUCUGCAAAUGUAGAAGCCAAUGAUAAGCUGACUGAAUCUCAAAUCACGAAUGUACCACUUAAUGCAACAGCAGAACCUUCAAGGAGUAAUACUCCUUCCCCAUCACCACUGAAUCUUUCUUCUGCAUCUUCUAGAAAUUCACAGAGCUACCUGAACACGCCAGAUAGCAAUCAGGAGGAUUUACAGCUAGAACCUCUUGACCUAUCUCUUCCAAGGCAGCAAAAAGAAGGGCUUGAAAGACCCACUAUAACCAGUGUUUACCACAGCAGUGUUCAUUAUGUCCAAGAGGAGCCCUUAAACUUGUCUUGUUUAAAGAAAGAACAAAAAGAAAAUGACAAUACUAACGAAGAAAACUCAACAAGUGCCAAACCUAUAAAUAUUGCAAUUCCUGCAGUCACCACGAAACUUCCUACAAUUGUUGCCAUUUCGAAUCAAAACAGUGUUCCAUGCCUCAGACCUAUAGCUACAAUAAAACAGGCAAGCUUCAUUCCACAGGUGGCCUACACGUAUAAGACAGCUAAUUCAAAUGGUGCUGAACAGCAACAGAAAUUAACUCAAGCCAACGGAAAUCAUCUAGAGGAAAGCCAAGAGAUGAAUUCUGGAAAUGCGCCCAAUACUGAUGAUCAGAACGAUUCAGACUCUACGCCGCCACGUAAGAAAAUAAAAAAGACAGAAAAUGGAAUGUAUGCCUGUGAUCUGUGUGAUAAAAUAUUUCAAAAGAGUAGCUCUCUCCUAAGACACAAGUAUGAACACACAGGUAAGCGACCUCAUCAAUGCGGGAUUUGCAAGAAAGCUUUCAAACACAAACACCAUUUGAUUGAACACAUGCGACUGCACUCUGGAGAGAAACCUUAUCAGUGUGAUAAAUGUGGCAAGCGUUUCUCACAUUCAGGCUCCUACUCACAGCACAUGAACCAUCGCUACUCGUACUGUAAGCGCGAAGCUGAAGAACGUGAAGGAACAGAGCAAGAGGAGACUGGGCCUGACUCACUGAACAACAGUGAGUAUACAGACAUCAGGACCUCUCCUUCCCACGUGGACUCAGAUGACAAGGACAGCACUGCAAGAGAAGAUGAAAGUGAAAAGGAGGAGGAAGAGAAAGAAAGUGAUGAAAUGCAAGAUAAUUGUGGAGAGGAAAUGAGAGAGGAAUCAGAAGAGGAAGCUGAAGAAGCAAAUAGAACAGAUCUGAUGAGUGAUGUGGAGCAGGAAAAUACAGUAAAUAAUCUGCAAGUUUUGGAAGCUAAUUCACCAGAGAAAAUGUAAUGAAUACUUGAUCAGGAACUUAAAUUGGAGAAGAAAUGUCCUGCAAUUAGUGUUGUACCAUGUUUUUAAAAAAAAAUUCCAGAAACACACUCUAUAUUGCUAUGUUUUCUCUUCACUACUGUGUAGAAAUCCCGGUGUGCCUGAACUUCAACAAUUAACAAUUUACCAUGUGAACUGUUUAAGAUAUUAGGAAUGAUGUUUGUAUAAAAAAUGCAAAAAAAAAUUGCAAGUAAGGAAUUGCAUAAACUGACUGUCUUGAUUCAAAAGGCAAACCAACAGGUUUUAAAAGAAUUUGCUACCAGUCAUUCUGCAUUACCUGUUUACCUGUGUUGCUCUUCAUUUUGCCAUUCAUGUAUCCCAUUAACUUCAACACUGUACAGCUGGGAGAGAUUUCUAUGAAAAUUUCUAUUACAAAUGAAAGUAUCAAUAGUAGAUUUAUAGUACUACAACUCUCUAUUCCAUUGCUGACUUUCAACAUUUCAUUGGUUUAAAAGGAUGUGAAAAUUUCUGCACUACAGAAUUCCCUUUAUACUUGUAUCUAACAUACUCCUAAGUAUUAUUGUCUACCUUUAUCAGUAUCACACUAGAAGGUAGUAAUUGAUGACAUUAGUUGACCUUAUUUUAGAGUGUAAAUUCAUUUGAAGCAUAAUGUUAGCCUUAAAGCAGCUACUAGAAAAAUAAAAUUGAGAAGGAUGUGGUAAGACUUGUAGUUAGAUGUAUAGCAGUCUGUUGCCAAGUCUUCAAAGUAAGAACUAACAGUAUAAUUGUUGGAGAGAACAGAAGUUGGUGUUUUAGUGACUAGUGAUACUUAGGUAAGUGAGGAUUAUGGUAUGGAGCUUUGUAUCCCCUGGCCUUAUGCAAGACCUGUGUGCUGCAAGUGCCAUUUAUAAAUCAGUAUUAUGGAAAUGUGGCUCUAACCAGCCCUUUGCUUUGGUGCAAGUUAUUAACAGUGUUAGCUGAUUUUAUUUCAGUAUUAUUUUAAUUCAAAUUAUAAUAACAUUUUAGUUUCCUAUGUUUGUGCAAAUUUUGUACUGUAUGCCCUUGAACCUGGCAGUAUUAAUACCCUACUUCCCUACUUACUGACACAUGUACCUUUUAGUUUUAGAAAACUUUUAUAUUUAUGUGUCUUAUUUUUAUAUUUCUUUAUUGUUAUUUAUUACACAAUGUAGUGUAUAAUACUGUAGUUUGUAUUAAUACAAUAAUAUAUUUUAGUAAGAAAAAUGAUUUGGAAGGUUGAUAAGAAUUCAAAGCAGAAAUACAAUUGGUUCUCUUGCAAUCAAAUUUUGUUUAACAGUGUUAUGUAACAGUAUUACUUGCCUUGGACUGUAGAACUAGAGUUUCAAAUGAGAAUGUAUGAAUUUUACAUUCGGAAUCCAGUUAUUUGCCCUGCCUCACUUUUAAUACAUUGGGCUAUUGAAUUUCAAGUAUAAUGAUAUACAACAUGGUAUUUUUUGCAGUUUUAUUUGCGAUUACUGUGUAACCGUGGAACUCUAUUACUAUCCUCAGCCAAAUCACAAAGUCAUGCGCAGUGUUGGGAACAACAUAACAUUUUUUGCUUUGUGCCAAUUUAUUUUAGAAUUCCUCUACAUCUGAUACAAGCCAGAAGUUAUUUUUAAUUGCCUAGUUACAUGAUAGUCAUUUUCUAGUUUUAUACCAGACUACCCAUCUCACAAUAAAAUGCAUCAACAAACUGUCUGAAUUUGUGACUUCACUGUUGUGUUUUAGUUUUUGUUCCAGAGGUACUAUUUACAUCAUAUUUUGUGCAUUUCCCAGAUUAAUAGCUAAUUUGCAAUUGUGUAGAAAAAAAGCUGAAGUACAUGCAAUGUUUAAAAUGACUAAGAAAUUACAUAUUCAAUAGAUUCAUCUUGGUUCUCAUUAGAAUCGAUAUUCAAAAUUCCCUAACCAUUUGUUAACAAUAUUUUGAUCAGUAAAUGUUCUAGUGUCCAGUUGAAUGUUAGAUUAGAUUUGCCUGCAAUGCAUUGCUAUUUUGCUCGUAUCUAUUAGCCUGAUUUAUACAUGGAAGCCUUUGUCUUCUCUAGCUCGUAGAAUAAGUAAUCAAUUUCCUUUUUCUUUCUUUUCCUUUUCUGAAUAGGGCAUCUGAAAGUCUCCAGGAAUUUGGGGCCUUGCUCUGCACUCAGCAAUAUUUGAGAUAUUUCAUAACUUUUGCCUGCUCAAACAUAAUCAAAUGUCAACAUCUUUGCUGUAGAAAGAAAUUGGCAAAGGUUUAGUAGUGUAUUCUGAGAAUCAAAUAUAUUUUUGGCAUACAUGCACGUUUUAGACUCGUGCAAUUGGUGUGAAAUCUCAUUGUUGAGGAAUAGUAGGUAGGUCUGUGGAAGAUUUCAAGAUGAGCUGGUAUGAUAUACAGAGAAGUGGCUGGAAAUUUACUGUCAAUAUAAAGUAGCAUUUUGAAAUGAAAAAAACGCAGUGAGAGUAAACAAAGUUGUAAAAGACUGAAGGGUGUAAAUGAAGUAUUGUAUACAGCAGUUCUUCCUGAAGACUGAAAGACAGCAAAUGUUAUCUCAACAUUGAAAGAAUAAACAGUAAUAGAUUCACUAUAUGAAGCAUGAUAUUUGAAAUUGGCCAAAUGGAAAGAAUGCUUAAAAGUCUUCAAAUAGUGAAACAUUAGCCAAGUGUCUGAAAGGCUUUGUUUUUCUUCUGAAGAUACCUUUGGAGAUCUUGUGCUGUUCCUAAACUCUUAAAAUCUUUUAGCAUAGAAGGAAGAAAUUUUAUCCAAUAGGGCUGAGAUAAGAAAAAAUAUAUACUGGAAACAAUCUGCAAGUCAGUUAGCGUCUAUAGAAAGAGCAUUCUCAUUUCAGGUUAGCCCCUUCUUCAGUUUUGAAACAUGAUACUUGUUUGUCUUUUCACAGAGGCUACUUGACCCGCUGGUAUAUAUCAAAUAUUUUUGUAUUUGCAGGUCUUUUAAACAAAUUUUCACUAUUGGACCAGCUCUUAGAAAGAGUAAUACUAUUGCUCUUAUCUAUAAUCCAGUUUAUUUUCAAGAGUUUAUCUACUUCCAUUUUGGAAGUUAGGUCAUGUCUUUCAUAAUCCACUUUUUUUUGGCGGGGGGGAGUGAAGGUGGACAGUUCACCUGAUUCUCUUGGCAAUUAGCUUAACUUGUAUGACCUUUUGAUUAUUGAUUCUGCUGACAAUGGGAGAAACAACUUCAUUCUAUCUAUUCAAUAAGAAUUCUUCAUUAAUCUACCAUAUCAAAACAAAUAUUGUCAAAAUCAUCUCCUGCAACUUUUAAAAAUGUUUUAGUUUAAACCCUAUUGUAAGGUGAAUAAGAUUCAGAUUUCUGAAUUCCGAGGGGCAAGAUAGCAUUCUAGUAAAACUCCUUUGCCCACUAGCUAAGUCUUCCUUUCCCGGAGACCACUUCCAAUAGCUGAACAUAGUUCUCCCAGCUGAGGUCUGCUCACUGGUAUUUUUGUAUGCAUUUUUUCAUAACUUCUCUGCUUUAGUAUAAAGGCACCCCAAUCACUUAAAAAAAAAGUUUUGUCAACUUGCAACAACUGCUGUAUUACUAUUUAUCUGGUGCAUUCAUACACCAAAAAUAACCAAGCUGCUUCACAGCAGUCUGUUUCAAACACUUCAUACAGGGUGAAAUUUAAACUGAUGGCCAAAGGCUGAGAGGAGGAAAGAGAAAAAAAAAAGACGUAGAGAAAGAAUUCCAGAGCUGAAGAUCCAUUUGGCAAUAUUGGAAUUGUUAAAUUUAUGGCUUCUAAAGAGCAAACAGCAAAAACUUGUUGGAAGGUUGGAGAGUAUGAGAUUACUGAGCGAGGAGGGGAUUUAAAAGAAAGAAAAGCAUUUGAAAACAAGGGUAAAUUUUUAUUUUAAGCGAGCUAUUUGUCAUGUAGGGAUGAAUGGGUUGGUGCAAGAUGUCACAUGACCAGCAAUGUUUUGAAUGGUCAAGUUAGUGGAGUGAUGAAAGCCAGCCAGGAAUGUGUUAAGAUGGUUGUUAAAGGGUAAUGUGAGGAUUUUAUCAGAUGAGCUAAGACGUAAUCGAAACAAGUAAUGUUACAAAGCUUGGAAUUGCUUGUGUCUGUCUGCAAACAGUUUGAUUCACUCUGAGAUACUUUGUGGGAUUGGUGGAUGGAGCCAAUGGCAAUGAAUCAGUUUGAAGCACCAUCAAACAUUGUAGAGAAUAGUAUGGUGUGUUUUAAAGUGUGAUUACAGUAAACUUUUACACUCUUAAGAGUUUGGGGAACUCAAAAUGGCUUUUUACCCAAUAGAGAUGUUUAAUUUGCUGCUAAUAAAUUUUAUCCUACAUCUUUUCAAGAAACUGGCUCAUUAGUCUUUUGAUUCCCUCUAGUUGUUUUGUACGCAGUAGUUUUAGGCUUUUUAAAUUACACUGUUUGAAUUGUUUCUUAGUAUAUUUACAGCAUAAAUAAUUGUGUGCAUUAAUUUUUUUGGUGUGCUUUUAAUACUGAGAACAUUUGUUGGAAAAUUGAAGUCUCCUUUCCAGUAAGAAUAUGCCCAAAUACUUAAAUUUGCUCUCACAAUUUGGAACCUUGAGAUAUAAACAUAGAUUUUUCUCCUCUAAAAUAAAAGCAAAACAUUCUGAACUUGGAGUGGUUAGCACUUGAAAAAAAUAAAGUUGUUGAUAAAGGAGGGUCAGGAAGACACAACAAAAGGAACAAGGUAAAAGAAAUGAAUGGAAAAUUCACUGAUAGAACAAAAUGCCUUUGUAUUAAAAAUACAAUUAAAUUAGUUAUACAUUGGUGUUAAAAUACCCAAACCCUUUCUAAUUUUGAUCAAUAAACGGAUAUGUAUCAAAUGUAUGGAUGGUCAGUGGAAAAGCAGAAUGAUUUUAAUGUAAAGUAGAAGGUCACCUUCUAUCAGCAAAGCCUUGUGGAUGGGCAGCAUCAUCUAUUCACCUUUGACAACAUCCCAAAAAUGAUUUAAAACAAAAAGCAGCAGAGUAAAAGCAAUGUGGUAAGCACAUUUAGAGGAGCACAAGGUAUGUGGGCGAGAGGAGUUGAGCACUUUUGUCUGGAUGAUGCAUCUUUGCUUGAUCUUUAUGUGACUGGUUGAGUCGAACAUUUAAGAAGUAUAGUAAACCACCACAGUCUCAAAAUAAACAGAAGAGCAUUGUGGAAUAAGUGUACCCUUUUGGCUAAGCUAGAAUUUGUAUAUUUAGAACAUUGUACUGGGACAUUUUUGAAAUUUUAUAGAAUGCAGUAAGUUUCACUUGGAUGAUCCCAGCCAUAUUUAUCAUGAAAGAAAUGCUGUUUAUACAACUUAAAAGAAAAUCAAUUAUCAUUAAAGAUGCUCAAAUGAUCUAAAAUUCAGGAAGUCUUUUUCAGUUGAUGUGAUUUUUCUCCUUUUUCAACCAUGUCAAUAAUGCAUGCUCAAAGUUAGGGAAUAUACUAUAUAUCUAAAUGCAAACAAUUUACACAACGUUUAAUUGAAAAUUGAGGUAUUAAGUUGCUCAUUGUUUGUGGGUUGGCAUUGGUAGGUGACAAUGGUGCAGAAAAGGAGAAUUCAACAAAGGCCAAGUGGCACUGAUAAAUGUGCAGCCUCAGACUGCUCAAGUGAUCAGAAUCCUGGUGAUUUGGAAAACUAUUUCCAUUUGUUAUUGGCAGUGGUUGCAAAUACCAACCAUCAGACUCGGUUGAUAAAAAUAAAUCAGCAACAUGAAGAAAUUAGCAUGUGAGUGAGAUGGAAAUAAUCUGUCUUGAAUAUGAUUGAUGCUAAAUUACAUAAAAAUGUAACAAACAGAUUAAAUGCUUUAAUCCUGCAUAUACUGCUGUUUGUGCUCCGCUCAUUCUCCUUUGAAACUUCAUCUAAUCUAUAAGAUAAAUUCUGUUCAGACUCCUCUAUCAAAUGCUAUUUGCCAAUGUACCACUUGGAUUCACAAGUUCAACAGUCACAGCACUUUUUGGGAGAAAAUGUUUCUUCCAAACUCCCCUUUCCUUUGUUGUUGACCUUACAAUCUAAAAUAAACUCAAUCUACUUCAUCAAAACUUUUCAUCAUUUAAAAAUACCUCUGCCUGUUUUUUCCUCAGCCUUCGAGAGAAAAAAAGGCUUAGUCUGUUGAUAACUACUUGAUGAAUUUUAUCUUUUUUGUUGUGAUCCUUUUAAUUAUUUUCAGAUCCUGAAAAUAUCCUUUGAAUAUUAGGAUGACUGGAGCUGAACAUUGCACCCUGUAUAAACUAAUCGAGGUAAACAAGUGUUGGUUACUUUUGUGGCCUUACCAAUAAAGCAUUUUAGUGAUUUGUUUACUUGCAGUUUGCUCUUCCACCUUAAGUUUCUUAAUUUCAAAGUGGCAUGUAACUUGGGUUUCAGAAAGAGGUGAAUCUCUUUAGAAUCAUUAAUUAUUUUUCCACUGUAAAUGAUCUCAUUUUGACUUUUUUCUCCAUAAUUCUUGUUCAGAAGUGACCCAAUUUUCUUCCUGUUGAUGAUGUAUGUCCCUUUAAAAAAUAGAUAUAAAAUCUUAAUGUAGAUAUUUUCUAAAGAUUUAUAAUAGUGCCUCUUCUGUCUCUAGAUUAUUUUCAAAUGUACAAAUGCAAUCUAAACCAGGAGUUGUAACUAAAGAAUUAGAUUAGUUUACUCAGCUUUCUCCUUCAAAGGUGGUCCAAGUACAUUUAAAAUAAUCAGGUGUUUUGAUGCCUUGUCCACCCGAAAACUCCUUUGUAAAUAUGGAAGCAAAAUAACUAUUUAACACCUCUAUCUUUAUAUUAUCACUUCUCAGGAUUUUAUCCCAUCUACUCCUCAUGUCAUGUUUCCUUAUCCACUUUUCACUAAUUUCUAAAUAAUGUAUUUAACCAGUUCCACUGUUAUUUUGAUCUGUUUUUAAUCUUAGUUGUCCAUUUAAUUUGUAAAUGACACUUCUGACCCUGUUAUUCUCCAGUGCUUUGAGUUGUAAAUGUCUCAUUACAGCCUCAUUUGUUUGUUGUUUCUGGGCUUUGAAUGCCAAUAUAAAUGUUUUGCAUUGCUAGUCUAUAUAUUAUUAUUUAUCAAUGUUAUUUUCACAAGUUUUUUUUUCUCAUCCUGAUUCAGUUUUCUGUAAUUUGCAACUUAUUAUCCUGAGCACAUUGGCCUGGAAAUUCAGACAUAACACUUUAUCCCAGUAUAUAUAAAAAUCAUUUAUGCAGUGGAAUGCUAUUGUAACAGUUCAGAAAUUUGAAUAGACCCUUGAAAACCUGAUGCAAUUUCUGCACCAGUCGUACAUAGGAUAACAUUCCUUGUGUAACUUAAGGAAAUUGGAUCAUGUUAUUCUGAGGCACAGCCAUCAUUUUGCACUCUUAAAACAAUCAAGUUUGCAUGGAAAAAUCAGCACUGUUUUAAGAGGGUUUCCUCAAGCAAGCCCCAGCCCAGCACUGGAAACUUGGAACUAGUCUAACUCCCCUUUAAUCUUUUAUACUGUCAUUACUACUUCCGUCCCCCACCCGGACCUAAAUUUGCAGUCCUAGAUCUUGCAACCCUGACUUUGAUAUUGAGAGCCUCCACCUGUAUCCACGCUUUCUUCCAGACAAUUAUCAAUCUCCAACAGCAUCCAAACCCCUGACCACCUUCCAUCUUGCCUUAAAUAUGGAAAUGUGUAAUGAGCAGUUAGGAGCACUUAAAGCCUUUGGACACUGACACUUGGCAGCAGCUCACUUUCAGCUGGUAUGUUGUGUAAUAAUGAUUAUUGUUUUAGUAGUGCUAAUUAAUUUCCGGGCCAUUCUGUACUGGUCACUGUACAAAGGUAUUCUAAUUAGAUUUAGCCUAUUUCAAAUUUCAAAGUAAAUUUAUUAUCAAAGACAGCUAUGUUACUUUAUAUUAUCUCAGGACUCAUUUUCUUGCAGGCAUUUACAGGGGGGGAAAAAGAAAUAUAAUAUAAUUUUAUGAAAAAUUACACAUGAACAGAGAGAGACUGACAAAUGCCAAUAUGCAAAAGAAGAUAAACUGCAUAUAAAAAUAAUACUGAGAAUAUAAGUUGUUAGGAGUCCUUGAAAGUGAGUCUGUUUGUUCCCAUAAUCAAAUCUGACAUUAUCUCCUCUUGUUGGGCCUUUUUUUAAUAUAUAUAGGAAGGCAUCCAACCACAUUUUAAUGAUAUUACUCCAGUUUCUCUUUUACCUGGCCAACUAAUUUUGUGGUAUUUCCAUUAAUUAUGUCUUAUGCUCAUUUCUCUAAAGUGUACAUUUUUCCUUCAUUCUCCUUCUGCAGAGCUGAAGCCAUUUGUAUUAAUGAUUCAUUAUCUCCAUCCUCAUGACAUAUUUCUUGAGUUGCUGAUACCUGUUUGACUUCUGCUGUUAUCAUUAUGUUUAAUGAGUAUUUAUUCCGUCUUUGUCCCCUCUUAGCUCUAAAUCUUGUAUUCUACAGUGUUUUAUCCAAAUCAAUUUAAAAAUAUUUAAUAGCUUUGUAAAAGUUGGUGAAUCUCCUUCAGCAUCUGGAUCUGGUUACCAUCACUGUUAUUCACAUGGUUGUCACAUCAGACUAGCAACAUUUUUAGAAGUUUUGUACCUGUUUAUGUGAGAAGAAUAAAAAUGUGUUACAAGAUGAGGCUAUCAGUCUUGAAGUUCCUGAAUAUUACUGGCAUAAAGCAAAGGUCAGUCUGUGCAAUAUAAAUGCUGUAAUUUAUUUUCCUUUUGUACAAAUGUACAAAAAUGAUCCUUUACAAACUGCUUUAUUUUCCUCAUAAUAAAUGGACCUGUU